AGCCUUUUGUUGAAAAGGGUCCUUCUCAUUUGUGUGAGUCAUGCUUUUGCUGUGAGCGAGUUGGCAGCUCUAAGCAGGACUGGGAUCUCUGUCAUAGAAAACUGUUACUUCACCCAACCUUAACGUGGAACCAAAAGAAAUUUCUUAAAUAUAUCUAUUUUUUUGUUCUUCCUUAUACUCCUUGCUUUUUUACCCCAAAAUCUUGUUAUCUGUCCGUGUUGCUAUGAAUCGCCUGCUAUGUUAGCACAGGCAUCUCCUGCGUUGGCAUCAGAUUUGCCAGAACAUAUGCAGGAAACUAGAUAGAAGGGCAUGCUUCAACGUACCAAGUAUAACCGCUUCAGGAAUGAUUCGGUGACAUCAGUUGAUGAUCUUAUUCACAAUUUGUCCAUGAACAGCAAGGUCUCAGCAGUUGCUACGACUUCAACAGCACCUUCAUACCUGGUCUCGCCAGAGGUUCUCCGCAAGGACCAAGAAGAUGGACCCACAACCCUGUGUACCCUCAUCCAUAAAGUGUCCCACUUGAAACUCUCUAACACAGGCAACCUUUUGGGUAUCAAAAACCUGUCCUCUGCAGUAAAGGAGCUUGCUGUCUCCAAGUUGCAGGGAAGCUCGAGUGCUUCUAGCUCAGCAGCAGGAGCUUCAGACAACACAUGUAACCUUGUCUCUGCUACUUCGUGUUCUCAGCAGGACGUGAGCAAGAUGAGUAUGGGGAAAAAAACACCAUCAGAGGAAAUGCACCCGGGAGGUGAAGACUGGAAUCAAAGUAGCAGCUUUGUCAAUAAACCCUCUCGAGGAUGGCUGCACUCGAGUGAGAAGAUCCUGGGACCUGGUGUGACGUACAUUGUGAAGUACUUGGGGUGUAUAGAAGUCUUACGCUCAAUGAGAUCUCUUGACUUCAAUACGAGAACACAGAUUACAAGGGAAGCAAUCAGUCGUGUUUGUGAAGCUGUGCCUGGCGCCAAAGGAGCCUUCAAGAAACGAAAGCCACCAAGCAAAGUUCUUUCUAGCAUCUUGGGAAAAAGUAAUCUUCAGUUUGCAGGAAUGAGCAUAAUGCUGAAUAUCUCCACCACCAGCUUAAACCUAAUGACUCCUGAUACAAAACAGAUCAUAGCAAAUCACCAUAUGCAAUCUAUCUCCUUUGCAUCUGGAGGUGAUCCGGAUACAACUGACUAUGUUGCAUAUGUAGCUAAAGAUCCUGUUAAUCGGAGAGCUUGUCAUAUACUGGAAUGCUGUGAUGGCCUUGCCCAGGAUGUCAUCAGCACCAUAGGGCAGGCAUUUGAGCUUCGAUUUAAGCAAUACUUAAGGUGCCCCUCUAAGAUACCUACUUUCCACGAUAGGGUGCAGAGUUUUGAUGAGUCGUGGAUGGAGGAAGAGAGUGAGGUAGCAGAACAUCCCUAUUACAACAACAUCCCAAAUAAAAUGCCCCCUCCUGGUGGUUUCAUUGAUGCCAGACUCAAAGCAAGGAUUCCCACUGCUGCAGACACAGCUCAGUCUGCAGCAGGAGUAGGAAGAGAGCGAAUCUAUUACCAAAGUCGUCACUUAGGAGACAAAUUCAAUGAAGACUGGCAUCAUGAGCCUGUUAAGCAAGGAUCUCUGGAUAUUUAUAGUGUGCCGGAAGGGAGAUCACAAGUAACUCCAACAGCAGAGAUGCCAACUUACGUGAACACUCAGCAUAUGAAUAUGGAAGCUCUACUGGCACUUCAGGCAGAUGCUGAAAGUACCUUCAGUGGAAACACAGAUAAUACCAAAGAGAGUAGCCCUGGAAAGGAUCUGUUCGACAUGAAACCAUUUGAAGAUGCCCUCAAGAACCAAACUCCUGAGCCUGUGUUGAAUAAAUCCACUUCCAUUGAAUGUACUAGUCCUCUUUUAUCCAGAGCUGCUGACUGGACUACAAUGCAAGAGCUAAGUACAGAGCCAUGGUAUCAAGGAGAGAUGAGCAGGAAAGAAGCAGAACAGCUGUUAAAGAAAUGUGGAGAUUUCCUUGUGAGAAAAAGUACCACAAAUCCAGGCUCCUAUGUGCUGACAGGCAUGCAAAAUGGACAAGCCAAGCAUCUUCUUUUGGUGGAUCCAGAAGGAACCGUUCGUACAAAAGACCGUGUCUUUGACAGCAUAAGUCAUCUCAUCAAUCAUCACCUUGAGAAUAAUUUGCCAAUAGUUUCUUCUGGGAGUGAACUCUGCUUGCAGCAGCCUGCUGAGAGGAAACACUGACUCCAGAUAACUCUUAGUUUUUGUAACUUGCAAGUUAUAACUGGUGGAAAUUGCAGAUCUGAAAACAUGUAUGUAAAAAAAAAAAAAAAAAAGAAAAAAAAAAGGACACAAAAAAAAACCACCAACAACAAAAAAACACCCACCAUAUUCCCAUAUAUUUCACCAGUAUAUUUUCUUUAGGUUUAAGAAGCCCUAUUUCACACAGUUUACUUGACAAUUCUCAAUGCUUCAUGUGGACUUGAAGUCACAACAGAAGGUUUUCUUAAAAAGUAAUUUCAAUAAAAUUGUUCUGAUCCUCAAUUGUGAAUAUUGAUAGUGUGUAUAUAUAUACACAUAAUAUAUAAAUACAGUAUAUAUUUAUAUUUUUCAAGUCAGUCUGUUGAUGGUAUAGAACUAAUCUUCUGUGCCAUGUGUUUUUAACAGAAGAAAAAUGCCAAUUGUGAUUGUUCAGAUAAAAAUAGAAUACAGCAGUCUCAAUUUCUUGAGAAAACAAAUAUUGGGCAUCUUAUUUAUGAUUUUAUGUAAGAAGCACAAUUAUGGGGAUUACAGUUGGAACAUGUUGGUUAAGUACCAUGGAAGGAGACUGAAUUCAGCAACGUGUAUUCCAACUCAGAAAUUUAGCAUAAAAGGAUUUUUUUUUAAAAGCAUUAUUCAGUGUCACAGAUAUCAAAAGCACUUUCUUUCUGAUGUCAAGUCUGAAUUACUAUAUGAUAUUACCCAAAGCAUUUGUAUCUUGCUUUAACAAUGAUUUGGUGUGAUCUCUCUGUGUAAAAGGUGUAUGCAUUUGAUUUUUCUAAUGAUAAUACAACAAUAUUCUGCAACUUUAAUUUGUUAAUUUGAAUGGUAAGGUUAUUUAUAAAUAGUUCUCUGGUUGUGGUGAAGAUCUAGGUGUCCUUGACUAUCAGUUUCCAGUGAGAUGUUAUAUACUGAUUAGGCAAGUUUCAGUAACUUGUAAUUAGUAGGUUUAAUGCAAGACAUAUGUGGCUGGUUAAAGACAUAUCUGAAAAAUCUUUUAGUCUUAUGGAUAGUGAAAACUAUUAUGACUCAGUGAUCAGUUUUGCAAAUGAUGUCAUUUGCAUUUUUCUAGUUAUUAGGUGCCUCUUCCCAAAGUAUAACUUGACUUUGACCUUCAGCAAGAGAUAGGUAUUGCAAAUAUACAGCUUUUCUCUAAAUAUGAAGUUUAAAAUAUACAUAUACACUAAAGAUGCAUUUCUGACAGAUGUGUCCUUGUCUUUUGGUACUGGGAAUUGUUUUAAUGAAGGUCUGUACUGUUCAAAUGCAAGCAAUAUAUUAAUUUGUUUUCCUGUUUUAUGAGCCUUAGUUCUUAUUUAUGUAAAAUUAUCGAGACAAAUUUAAUAGACACAGUUCCUAUAAUGGCAAAGUUUGGGACAGAGCUAGGAUUUAGCCUUCAGCAUUCAAAGGUCUUCUCUAGCAGAAGCAUCUCAAAUCAAAUCAUCAGACUUGAUUUACAGUGGCCAAAAGUUAGCAGGAUAAGUCUAGGUUAAACACCUGCCUGUCCUCGAGUAGUCAGAUUUGUUUUUAAGAAUUUUUUUAAGUCUAAGAAUUUUUUAAAUUAA